ACAUAGAAUAAUUUCUUGGGGUUACGCGCUGCCUGUGACUUCUUUGCACUCGAUUAUUUUGAAUUCAUAGGUAAAGUUGGGUUGUAAGUGACUUCUGUUAGUCCUAUAUUGGGGAAGGGUUAUCUCAAUGCCCCAUUCAAGACCCGAAUGGAUAGCAGGCAACGCAGUUGUUGCUGGAGGUCAGUUGAACUGUUCCUCGGAGUGUUCUGCUCAUCGUUCCAGUUGUCUUCCUUGCGCGUGAAUCACAGACCCAUCAUUCUCCGUUGUAGUCUCACUAACUGUUGGUCUUUUCACCCGAGUUUCCCUACCUUCGCUGCCCACCACUGUUCGCGAUCACUGCGCAGACGUUUUGCUAGUCAACAUCUGAGUUGCGUUCGCAUCCCUCUGUGUUCAGCUGCUUAAACCCAUGAGCCACAGCUCCACCUUUCCGUCUGAGUCGAAUGUCACCUUCGGGCUGCAACAUGACGUCCUGCCCGUUUUUGCGUAAAUUAUCUCCUGCUACGAUACAAAGGGAUGUUCAACAGUUGAUAAAAAUGAUACCCAGAUGCCCAUUUGCUAGUCGUUUGUUUGAUGGAACCCCACUUUACAAUGCCAGGAUAUAUUCGAAUCUUGCCACAGAACCUCAUCCGGACGAGUCGUUGAUCUGCAAGAAUGUUUCAGAGUGUCUCUUGAAAAAAUGUCCUUAUACCAUGAGUUCAGGAGAACCAACAAAUUCAGAUUCUGUGUGGUCUUCUCAAACUACUGAUAACGUCAAGUCUGAUAAAUGUUGUGGUCAGUCAAGUGGACAUUCAACUGAAAUAUGUAUUCCGAAUACAUGUGCUUUGUUUGGUGGUUGGCGAAAAAGUAUGGCUGAUAAAGAAUCGUUUCAACCGACGACAACAACAACACACUUAAAAAAUACUGAACCUGAAGACUUAAAAUCAAUUGAAUCAAAUCAUAAUGAUAGUUUAGGUUUUGCUUACAAUAAAUAUUUUGCUUCUGAAGUGGAAAAGAAAAAGAAAGAUUCAACUUAUCGAGUAUUUAGAAGAAUUCUAAGAGAUGCAGCAGAUUUCCCAUUUGCAGAGGAUUAUUCCACUGGUAUAAAACGUCGAGUAGCUGUAUGGUGUUCCAAUGACUAUCUAGGAAUGAGUUGGCAUCCAAAAGUUCAAGAGGUUGCAAUCUCUACUAUUCAAAAACAUGGUGUUGGUUCAGGUGGUACACGUAAUAUAUCUGGCAAUUCAUUAUUGCAUGAAGAACUGGAAGCUGAACUGGCAGAUCUUCAUGAGAAACCUUCAGCUCUAGUGUUUACCAGCUGUUAUGUGGCUAAUGAAGCUGUACUACACACUUUAGGGACUCGUAUACCAGGAUUAACAAUAUUCUCUGAUGCUGGUAAUCAUGCAUCAAUGAUUCAUGGGAUUCGAACUAGUCGUUGUCCGAAGGUUAUCUACCGACAUAAUGAUAUAAAACACUUAACUUCUUUACUGGAAAAUGUACCUAAAGAUUCGGCAAAAUUAGUUGCUUUUGAGACAGUGCAUUCAAUGUCAGGUGAUGUUUGUCCACUGAAGAAUCUUUUGGAUGUUGUUGAAGUCAAUAAAGCAUUAUCAUUUGUUGAUGAAGUACAUGCUGUUGGUUUAUAUGGUGCACAUGGAGCUGGUGUUGCUGAACGUGAUGGUCAGAUGCAUAGGAUAGAUGCAAUUACGGGUACACUUGGAAAGGCUUUUGCUAGCAUUGGAGGUUAUCUGGCUGGAACCUCUGAACUGGUUGACAUGAUUCGAUCGUAUGCUUCCGGAUUUAUAUUCACUACCUCAUUGCCACCACAUUCGUUAGCAGCUGCUCGAACCAGUAUUCAGAUUUUAAAGUCUUCUGAGGGUAGAGAACUUCGUACAGAACACCAGAGGAGAGUAUCUGUUGUACGCCAGAGACUUCGACAAGAAGGUCUACCCGUGAUUGAUGCACCUUCACACAUUAUUCCACUACAUGUUGGUGAAGCAAAACUAUGUACAAGAAUAUCAGAGGAAUUGUUGUCUGAACACAAUAUUUAUGUACAAUCAAUUAAUUAUCCAACAGUAGAUAUUGGUGAUGAACGCUUGCGUAUUGCACCGACACCGCAUCAUACAGAUAAGUUAACUGAUCAAUUAGUAGAUUCUUUAUGCUCUGUAUGGAAAAAAUACAAUCUACCCCUUCAUAUUGAGUCAACACGAAAACUCAAUCGAUAUGCCGGUUAACUUAUUUAUUAUUUUCAACCAAUCAAUAAUUAUUAACAUUGUUAGCUUAAAUUAGGUGAUAACUGAGCACUUUGAUUGGUUAACAUUAUUUACUUCUUCAGUCAUGUACAAGUAAUUAAAUUCUACAUUAUUUCAAUAAAUUCUUAGCUUUACUCUAU